UCUGGACAUAACCUAUAAUGUUUUCAAAUGUUAAAGUUGUUUUUUAAUUAUUAUUUCUCCCAUACUACAGACAGUUGGAGCAAAUAACAAAGUUGCUUGAUAUGAAUAAAAACGCUGUAAAAGAAGGAUUGAAAAAAUACUUUAAGUUUGAAACCUUUAAGUCCAAGUUGCAGGAAGAAGCAAUAAUAGAAAUAUGUCAAAGAAAACGCGAUGUCUACGUUUCGAUGCCCACAGGUUCAGGAAAAUCCCUUUGUUAUCAACUGCCUGCAGUGUUACAUGAUAGUAUGAUAACUAUAGUCUUCUCUCCACUAUUGGCACUUAUAAAAGAUCAGGUGGAUGCUUUGAUCACUUUAAAAAUCAGGGCGGCAUCUUUAAACUCAAAAAUUUCAAAAGCCGAAAGGGAGAGACUCAUAAGUGAUUUAAAAUCAACAUCCCCAAAUACAAGAUUACUUUAUGUUACGCCUGAACAAGCUGCCACCAGAACUUUCAAGGACUUGUUUAACAAUUUGUACAGGUUUAAUAAGGUAGCGUACAUAGUGGUGGAUGAGGCGCAUUGUGUGAGUGAGUGGGGUCAUGAUUUUCGGCCCGAUUAUCUAAAACUUGGGAAUCUACGUGAGAAUUGUAAUGUCCCUUGUAUCGCUUUGACGGCUACAGCCGGCGCACAAGUGACGCAAGAUAUAAUCAACAGUCUUCAUCUGUCGGAAGAUCACAAAGUCUUCAAAACUUCAUGCUUUAGGAGCAACCUAUUUUAUGAUGUAUUCUUCCCAAACAUUCUGGAAAAUCAAUUUCUGCAUCUUAAAAACUUUAUAGCUGUGUGCCUUAAUGUUGGGCAGGAAAAUGAGGUGCCCAAAGAAAAAAAAUCCUGUGGCAUAAUUUACUGCCGAACAAGAGAACAAACAGAAGUCUUGGCUUCAAAGUUGAAUCAAAUGCAAAUUAAAACGCUUUGCUAUCAUGCUGGCCUAAAAAAUCAUGAAAGGAUUGAGUUUCAGGAGAAAUGGCAACAUGGAGAUAUUCCAGUCAUUUGUGCCACUAUAAGUUUUGGAAUGGGAGUUGAUAAAGCCACUGUUAGAUUUGUAAUUCAUUGGGGAGUUCCCAAAGACCCUGCCUCAUUUUAUCAGGAAUCUGGCAGAGCUGGUAGAGAUGGCAAACCAUCUUGGUGUCGGGUUUAUUAUAACCGGGGAGAUGCUAAAGCUGUUGAGUACCAUUUAACUCAUGAUUUAGCCAAAUCUGGAAACAAAGAAGGCAAAAAAAUAAAGGCCGAAAAUGCUUUAAAAGGUUUCAGACAAGUGGUUGAAUUUUGUGAAAAUCCUCAAGACUGCAGACACAAGCUGUUCUCCAACUACUUCGGGGAACCACCACCCAACUGCCGCAACAUGUGCGACUUUUGCAAAGAUAAAAAAUCGGUGAUGGAAAUGGUCGAAAGGUUUGUGUUAAAGAGCGUUCAGUAUAGCACACACGCAAGCUCUUAUAAUGAAAUGGACUAUGGAGACUUGUACGGCGAAGGACGCAAAGGAAUCGGGGACGAGAGUCGUAACUAUGAAGAUGGCGAUAGUGAUGGAGACAAUAACGCGUUCGAACGACAACAAGCCGUCAAAAAAGAAGUUACCACUCUGAUUCAAAAACAAUUUGCCUUAAGAAGAAAUCCACAGGAAAUGUCUCAAAAUACCAUCGAUGAGCUUUUAUCCAAGCAUGCUCGCGUCAAAGCUGCAAGUUCGAGCUCCACUAAAGUCAAAGGUUUAACUUUGGCCACAAGAGAGCAAUAUUUGAGUAAAAUCGUGGAUAUCUUGUAUUUGAACUAUAUGGAGUGUGAACAGAGAGAUAGUCAGGCAUUGGAUAAAAAAGAUGUCGAAGAUUGCUCUGUUGAUUUAGAGUACCAAGUGUUUUCAUCAACUACAUCUAUGACUAUGUACAGGAAUGGAAUCGCAAAAUUGAUCUCUGGUAUCAAAAAAUGCACCGAUAGUAAAUUAGUGCACGAGAAACUAGUGGAUUUUCAACCGAAGCCUGCCAAAUAUGAAACUUUAACUGAUCUGUUUCGUAACAUUAAAAAAGAGCAGCACAACAAGGUGAAAGAUGAUGGUCCCAAGAGCCAAGGAUUUAAGACUGCAAAAGAAUUGUUAAAUGAAAGUGGUAACAAUAAUAAGAAAACUAUUGUUGAUUUCUUCAAGAGUAAUGUAAAACAAGAUAUGUCUCAGAAACAUAAAUCAACAGAUAUGAAGGUGUUGUUUGGUGAUUCAGAAGGUGAAGAAAGUGGUGUUAGCCCCAAAAAUGAAUCUUCCAACAGCCAUAAACAUAAAUCCCAUACAACAGAAAAAGAUAGUCAUCACAAACAUGACAGGCAUAAAGAUAGGCACAAACACAAACAUCAUAGACAUGAUGCCGAUAAGAAAAGGAGACACAGCCCAGAUAAAGAACAUAAUGACGAGAAAAAACGAAGGCAUAGUUUUGAUAAAGAGCAUGAAGAUAGCAAAAGAAGUAGACAUAGCUCUGAUCAAGAUUACAAGGAUGAUAAAAAGAGAAGUUACAGUUCAGAAAGAGAGGAGCCGCAGCGUUCAAAUGGAGAUGAGAAAAUAAAAGAUGAAUAUGACCUUAAUGAUUCUGAUUUUGUUAUAAGUACUGAAGGCAUGAAUGAAUCAAAUGGAUUUGAAAUAAAUGAAAGUGCAAUGGAUUCAGAUGGGUUAGUAGUAAAUGAAAGCAAAUAUGUGAACAACAGUGAUGAGUUAAAACAGUUAGAAGAAAAACGAUCUAUCCAAAAUGGUGAGAGCAGUAAACCGAAAUUAAAAAGACUAGGAAAAAACGAAGUUGGGACACUGGUUGUAAAACUUUUGACUCCAGCAUAUGUCGAGAGACGAUUUGAGUCAAGGGAUCUCUUUAAGAGUGUAGCCAGAAGUAUAUCCCAUGCUUUAGUGGAUAAAGAUGAAAACCAAGUGAAAGAGUAUAUUGACAACUUUUUAAAGAAGAACACAGAAAUUACAUCACAAACUAUUAUUGUAUAGUGUGUGAGACAUGAGUUAAAGUUUUUUUUUAAAGAGUUCUAAGACAGUCAUGAUAGCUGGUACUGUUGAUUUGUUUUUUUUUUCAGUGGUGAUACCUGUGCGAGUUAGAUUGAUUUACAUUUUAAGGAGGAAAAACAAUACCGCAUUGUCAGUUUUACAUAUAGUUCUUGAUUGGCAUUUUAUUGGUACUUAUAUAUUUUCACCGCCUUCGGUUUAAGUUGUAUGGAUAUUUCUUUAGGAAUGAAGAAUAAUUACUUGAAACUUAUUUUUUAUCGAAGAGUAGCAAUAAUAUCCUGUUUGCCUGAGUUUUUUUUUAUAUAUUUUCUUCUAUUGGGUAUUGUAUAUAGGUAUGCAGUGUUUUGCCUUUUAUAUAGUUCUAAUUGCGUACAUGCAAAUUUAUAUAGAAAUAUAUGCUGUAUAAAUGACUAAAACAAUUAACAAAUGA